AGGAAGCAAAUGGAUCGGUACCAAGAUAGCAACACCACUCAGGACGGUAAAAAUGACGACUUUUGCUGGGUCUGACUCAGAAACGACAUCGUCUACCUCCAGAGUCAUCGAUUCUCAUCUCCACAUUUGGGCUUCUCCUCAAGAGGCAGCGACAUAUCCUUAUUUUCCCGGCCAAGAACCUACUUUGACUGGUGAUGUCGAUUUCUUGCUUAAGAACAUGGAAGAGGCAAGAGUAGAUGGAGCUCUCAUUGUGCAACCCAUCAAUCACAAGUUUGAUCAUUCUUUAGUAACAAGUGUUCUGAAGAAAUACCCAUCGAAGUUUGUCGGUUGUUGCCUUGCUAAUCCUGCAGAAGAUGGCAGUGGAAUUACGCACCUUGAGAAUCUUGUUUUAGAGAGUAAUUAUCGUGCUGUUCGGUUUAAUCCCUAUUUGUGGCCAUCCGGUCAGAAGAUGACAAAUCCUGUUGGCAAAGCCUUGUUCUCUAAAGCAGGGGAGCUUGGUGUUUCUGUUGGCUUCAUGUGCAUGAAGGGUCUGGAUCUUCACAUUGCAGAAAUUGAGGAACUGUGCACAGAAUUUCCAAAGACAACUGUUUUACUAGAUCACGCUGGAUUCUGCAAAGUACCAGAAAAUGGUGAGGCAAAGCUUGCUUAUAGUCAACUCAUGAAGCUCUCUAGAUUCCCACAGGUAUAUGUGAAAUUCAGUGCUCUAUUCAGGAUCUCAAGAACCGGAUUCCCAUAUCAGGACCUAUCGCCUCUCCUUUCUCAACUUGUGUCCCAUUUUGGGGCAAAUCGUGUCAUGUGGGGCAGUGACUUCCCAUUUGUUGUUCUUGAAUGUGGAUACAAAGAAGCCAAAGAAGCUGUGACUAUUAUCGCAAAAGAAGCAUCCUUGUCAAGUUCUGAGAAGGAAUGGGUUCUGGGAAAGACUCUGAUGCAGCUCUUCCCUGGACAAUGGGUUCUUCCUUGAGAGACUUUGUGAGAAGUAAUAGGUUGCAUGAGGAUGAGAUAAUGAAGCAAGCAAUGGAAG